CCUCACUUCGUUUCUUUCGGUCUGGGUCAAUAAACGACAAAGACAAUGUCAUAUACUGGUCCUGCAGGCUUUUACAAUGCGCCUGUCACCAAACUUCUUGUUGUCUCAAUAGGUGUUCUAUCUAUACUGGGAUCCAUAUUGAAGCUGAAGCCUUAUUAUCAAUUACAACUUUUCCCACACAUCACUAUCCAUCAUCAAUUUUGGCGACUGAUCACUUGCCAAAUUCCUUUUACCAGUUCGGGAGAUGUCUUCUUUGGUACAAUGAUUAUAUAUUCAAUGCGGAUUAUAGAACGUCAAUUUGGUACUUCGAAAUAUGUGGCUUUUGUAUUUGUAACCAUAUGUUUGGCGACUCUACUGGAGAUUGGCGCUUUGGUGACAGGCAUCAAGUUGGGAUUUAGAUACGUCCCUGGUGGACCGUACGCUCUAUUAUUUGCCAUGCUUUAUCAAUAUCAUCGAAUGGUACCAGGAUUAUAUCGCUUUCGGAUAUUCAACAUAACGUUUAACAACAAGAUAUUUCUAUAUAUGCUAUGUUUUCAGAUCUUUAUCUCUCAAGGUGUGAAUACUAUAGUACCAUGUGUAUGUGGAUUAUUGGCCGGUGCGUUUUAUAGAUCUGAUGUUGGAGGGAUCAAGCAAUGGCGAUUCUCGGAUCGAUUACAAUCAUUCAGUUCACGUUAUCUACAACCUUUGUUAGCGACUCCUCCAGUUCCUAGGUCCAACAAUGCAUUACCAAUACGAAGACCCAUCAUAGCCAUUGGUAUGGAAGGCCUUGUUGCUACAGCUACUGGCAUCGGCAUCAACAAUAAUGACAAUAACAGACGUAGACGAUCAGCAGAUAAUACCAUGUCAGCCACUUCCACUAGUAUGGGCGAUGAUGAUGAUGACGCUCUAUCUAUCAAUACAGAUACCUCGAUAGCCUCGAAUGAAAUAAGAAGAAAUACUGGUAAUAGGGUAGCAGGACCAUCGACUUCCAUGCGGGAUUAUUUAGAUGCACUUACUGGACGAACACCAUUAACAAGCAGUGAAAUUGAACCACCAUUACCGGAACAUCUGAUUGUAUUGUCUUCCAUGUUUCCCGAUCAUCCAAGAGAAACCAUCACCAAUGCCUUGUCGGCUGCUCACAAUAAUAUCAACCGUGCUGUAGAAAUCAUGCUUCAUACCCCUGCCCCUAGUAGUAGUAUUAGUAUUAGUAGUAGUAGUCAUCCAUGAUUUUAUAUAUCAUCAUUUUGUAU